AUGUUAACAGAUCUUGAAAAUUUAGCUACAGAUCUAAAAAAGAAAAAAGAAAUCGAUAUUGAUAUUGAUAUUGAUAUUGGUACACAAACUCCAAUGGACUACGAUGAUGGCAAUGCUUAUAAUUUAAGUUCACCUCAACACGAUGAAGAUCAGCAACAAAAUUUAUUAAAUAUGUAUAUCGAUAUAACAAACUUGAUAACAAUAGCAACGCAUAUAUCAACCAACGAUUUCGAUAAUGAAUUAAAAGGAAUACGUCUUAUUCAUUAUGAUACAGUGUCUGAUGAAUAG